AUGCAAGCUGCCAUGCUGCUGUGCUUGGCCGCCCUCGCGGCCACGGCCGGGGGGCGGGUGAUCAGCGGUGAGGUGGCGAGCGAGCGUGCGUCGGCGGAGACCCGGGGCAAGGACCUCGACCAGUCCUCGCAGAGCCCUGUGCAGCGCGUCGUCAAGCUGCUCAGGGACAUGAAGGCAGAGCUGGAGGGUGAGGCCAGCAAGGAGUCGGAGAUGUACGACAAAAUGGUGUGCUGGUGCGAGACGGGAGAGAAGGACAAGACGGCCGCCAUCGCCGCCGCGGAGGUGAAGAUCUCGGAUUUGGAGGCCUCCAUACAGUCGAUGUCCGCGAAGUUCGGGGAGGUGAGCACUAACAUCGCGGCGCUCAAGAACCAGAUCGCGAAGGACACGGAGAUGCUCAAGGAGGCCACCGCCAUCCGCGAGAGGGAGGCUUCCGAGUUCAGGGGAGAAGGACAUGGUCCAGGCGCUGACGAACCUGAACAACGCCAUCGCGGUGCUCUCGCGCCAUCAGGGCGGCGCCGCCAGCCUGCUGCAGGUCGACGGGCCCGACGCCGCGAGCAUCCGCGCGGUGCUCCGAGAGGUGUCCCUCACGUACGACCUGAUGCUCGGCGACCGCGCUGCGCGCAGGCGCCCCGACUCCCCCUCGGUCUCGCUGCUGUCGGUCGCGGGCGGGAGCCCGGGCGCGGCGCUGCGCGAGGCGCUCGGGCUCCGCGGCGACGAGGCGCUCCCGGCCAAGUUCCGCCUGGCGAGAAGCAGCUCGCCACCCGCGCCGGCGAGCUGGGCGCCGGCUCCGGCAGGGCCGGCCUGUUCCUGCAGGCCUCGGCAGGGAAGCUGCUGCCGACCGCCGGCUCCUACUCGCCGCAGUCGGACACCAUCUUCGGUAUACUGACGCAGAUGAAGGACGAGUUCGAAGCGAACCUCAGCCAGGAGCAGAAGGAGGAAGCGAAGGCCAUCGACGACUACGAGGCGCUCAGGGCGGCCAAGGAGGAGCAGAUCGCCGCGGGCAAGGAGAGCCUGGACGCCAUGGAGGGCGAACACGCGGCCAACAUCAAGGCCCUGUCCGAUGCUAAGGAGGACUUGCAGCUGACGACGGACCAGCGCUCUGAGGAUCGAAGGAGUACUUGCGCAACCUCCGGCUGA